GAAUCUCUUGUCUGCAGGAACCUGAGUCCGUCUGGUGAAAUCACGUUUUCACUGCAUGUUUAGAGCAAAGCGAUUGAGUCAAUAUGGGACGCCACUGGAGAUUAAACAAUCUGUGCUCCGUACUUCUCCUACUUUUCUUUGGAGCAAGUUUCGUCUGUGCUGCAGUUUUUUCAGAUGAAGAUUUUUACCAAGUCAAAGCAUGUUGUUCAUUCAAUGGUCCAAACUUUGACAAGAUUGAAUACAUACUUACAGCCAGUUUUAACAAGCAAAAGAUGUUGGAGUACAACAGUACAAGAGGAAACUGGAUUGGAUUCACAGAUUAUUCAAUUGUGGCUUCAACGUUCUGGAACAAAGACCCUUUGGACCGCCUUGAAAGAGCAAUGGAAAUUAAACUAAUGUGUUUCGAUAACCGAGCAUUCAUACAAACCAUCAGAAACCUGUCAACAACGCCCACCAUGAGGAUAAAAUCAGUGAAACAGCCAGAUGGUGAACAUCCAGCCAUGCUUGUGUGCAGUGCCUAUAACUUUUACCCAAAGCAAAUCCAAAUAACCUGGCUGCGAAAUGACCAAGAAGUGACUGAAGGGGUCAGUAACACCGAUGUCAUCCCAGAUGGAGAAUUGUACUACCAGUUUCAUUCUUACCUUGAGUACACACCAACUUCAGGAGAAAGAAUCAGCUGCAUGGUUGAACACGUCACCCUGUGGGAGCCAAGAAUCAUUGUUUGGAACAACUCCCUUCCUGAAGGAGAAAAAACUAAGAUUGUUGUUGGACUGUGCGGACUGAUAAUUGGUUUGGUUAUCUUUAUCUCUGGAUUUAUUUACCACAAGAAAAAGUAUGCUAUAUAUAACUCUGUCCACCAAGAAUGAGUUCUGUUUCCUGUGGAGGUCAUUCCUGGAUUGCCUUUUAGUAGAACUAACAAAAACAAAUUAAAAACACCCUCAGGUCCUCCAAGAUGCUCUACUUAUAGAACCUGAGAAUGUAUCUAAGCCUUUGUAGUUCAAUUUUAAUUCUAGGGAAUAGUGUGCAAUUUUUUCAUUUCUUAUAGUCACUGGCAGACAUUUGUCAUUUGUGUGGUGCUUUUAUGACUUUUUUAUAGCUAGACAUGAUUAAGAUAUAUUUUGUUUUGUUUGUUUUUUCUGGAUGACUUAUUGAACGGCACUGUAGCACAAUUUGCACCACUAUUGCCUUGCAGGAAAAAGGUGCUUGAUUCAAUUCCUGCAUGAAGUUUACUGGUUCUCACUUUCAUGCUCCAGCUUUCUCUUUCACUCCAAAAACUGUGGAAGAUGAUUUGCUCUCUAAAUUGUCCAUAGGUAUGACAAUUCACCCAGCAACCAAUGGUCAUAGUCACCCCAUAGCUGGAGCCCUACAUGGAUAAAAUGGAUGGAUGGAAACAUCUAGUAUAGUAAUCAAUACAUCACCACUGUUAGAAGCUGUGCUUCUAAAAACUGCUUUCAAGUCCACAAUGUAAAAAAUGUGAAGAAAUUGUUCACUUGUUUAAUCCCACAAUAAAUUAUUGUGAAGAAAAGACUGUAUGGCCAAUGAUCUAAACAACACUGUGAUGCUUUGAUGAUCUGAGAUAUUGAGACAAGAAUGACUCAGAAAACAAAAUUCCAGACAAAUCUAUUUUAAACAAAUCAUUAAAUGUGAUCUACAAAUCAGGAAUGACUUAAAUACAUACCUUAAAUAAAGUAUAAUACACUAUAGUCAAGAAAAACUUUGUAUAAGCUUGUCAGACUACAAAAGCAAGUGUAUUUUAUCAAAUCAUGUUGACCUUAUAGAAUAAUCAGACGAGGUAAGACCAGGUUUUGGGGGGUUAUUUAUCACUGCAUCGGAUCAGAACCACACAGGGAGACCAACUCCAGAAUAAAUCAAAAGGUUUGACUGACACAGUUUGGGUUAGGUUUGCUGUAUCAGAAAUUUUUCAUGUAAUGUUGAGUUAUAGGAUGACCAAAAGACAAGACAAUGGCAGUUCUACAACAAAGUGGAUUAAUUAAAGCUGCAGUAUGUAUUUUUUACAAAAAAAAAAAUUUUUUUUUUUGCAUAUUGUUAAAACUGUGACCUUGUGAUAAGAGUAUAAUAUAAGACAAAUAAUCUGUGAAAAGAUUGAGCUAGUCCUCGUUCUCCUAAACACAACCAAUCAGAGCCAGGAGGAGGAUCUUAGCAAUGCCACGACAGGGAAGUCCAAUUUCCUGUAAACUUCAUGGCCUUAAAUUGGCGUACGAGAUGUCAUAUGACAAAUGUUAACAUUUGGGUAAAACUUAAAACUUCAACACAGUUCAUGCCUCUGGCAAGCAAUCACUUCUCAUCAGCCCAGAUCCCAGCCUGUCUGUACGAAGGGGACCAUUUAAAACCAGGCUAAGAGAACCACAGAAAUCAGAAAAUGGGAAACACAAAACAGAACAUAACACGAGAAUGAUCCACGAAUAACAGGAACCAGGCAGAGAGCAGAUUGUUUUUUAGCAUUAAAAAUAAACGGUGUGUAGAGUAAAACAUUAGA